AUGGCCCUCGACGAUAUCUUCGACCCCUUCGAGGCGUUAGGCUUGGAACGGGACGCUUCGCCCAGGACGAUCAAGGCGAGAUACCACGAACUCGCCUUACGCUACCAUCCCAACCGCAACCAGGGAGAACUGUCGGAGCAUUUCCACAAUAUCCACCAAGCAUGGCAGCUACUAUGUGAUGCGGACAAGAGGCGACGGUGUAUUGAGUUGCUCCAGCUCUUCGAUUUGCAGGAUGACGUGUACACCAAUGUAUGGGAUCCCCUGCAUGCCCAUGAGCAUCCCGAGCAACAGCACGACCACAAGAGUGCGGACAAUGAUGGACAUGUGUCAAGCGAUGCGGACGAUGACGAUCUACCGCGGAUUGCUGGCAUCAAACGCCGGGCUACUUUCGAGCGUCCUACAAAACGAUCCACUGCUGGACUGGACGACAUCGAAGAGGGCAGUGACUCUAGUGACCAGACCACAAAUCCCGUAGACAGAGGGAGGACGCGCAUCUCAGACUUGCGCCGUACCCAUGCGUCGAAAAGGAAGGAAGACUCAAGCAGUGACCAUUCGAAUACAGCCGCAGAGCGAAUGAGACGGUUGAACAAGCUGAGAAGCAAAGAAUGCGAUGCUUUCAACGAGUACAAGGAAGCAAUGGUUGCGAAGUUUGAGGCGGAGCUAGCUGCUCAGAGAUGUAAAGACCGGUUCGAGCAGGCAAGAUGGCGGAGGCAGUAUUACGAGCGAGCACCAAAGGACGGAGCACAGCGUGUGCGUCUUCUACGGCUCUUUAACAGCGCAGCGAAGGCUUUGAUAACACACCAACCGGUCAGGAGGCGGAUUAGCACCAAGUCAAGCGCGCGUUUCGUGACACCAAUGACACCUGCGACAGGAGAGGCCCAGAACACCGGCAGCCUGCUGAGCUUACCCUCCCGGGUCAAGUCGAUACAUCGAAGAGGUUACAGCAGCGAUGUGACGGGUGAUCAAACUAGCAGCGAAGAAGAGAACUCCAGCGACAAGAACACAUCACCACACAGGAGCCCUCGAGCUUCGUCUCCCCGACCUGGACGGCCAAGGCAUCGGCGGUGGGACUCAAAUCCUGGUAUAGCUCCUCUCGCAACUCGAAGCCUGCCCAAAGAGAAUACCAACCCGAUCUCGCCCAUCACAGGACCACUCAAGGUGUUCAUCAGGACGCCGACCAACCUGGCUGAGAUGGCAGCAUCUGGAGGCGCUGGGUCGGACGCAGAUUCGGCGUCCGCCUCGUCAGGGUCGACAUCACCGCAGCCUCCCGCGCUGAGAAAAAACGAUUCGGGGCGCUUCGUUAUGGUUCCUACGAAGGGAGCUACAGACAUGUUCACGGUUGCUGAUGAUCGUACCCGCAGCCGCUCGCCGAGCGCAGACCGUCGCUCCAUUAGCGGCACGACGGUCGUCGGUGCGGCGGAAGCAUGUCAGUUCAUGGUCAAGCAGGUCGGACAUCUGCAACAUCAAAACAUCCGUACCGAACACGUGCACCUACUGUCGUACCAGGAAAAGCGAUGGCUGCUGGGCAUCGAUCCCGACUCAGACACGGAUCCGGAAACGCUUCUCAAUCGUCUUUCGAGGCUAGACCAGACUGUCGCGACAAGUUUUGUGGUCAAGCCGGAUAUCAAAGCGAUUUUCAACUUCAGGUUGAUUUACAGUCACCACGAUGUGCCCAAGCACCGGCAUCAGACAUUCAUUGCGUUGAGCUAUAGGCGGAAACUGCAGGUAGAGAAGAGGCAUAAUCACUUCACACUGCCACUGGAGCCAGAGAUGUUCCAAGCCGUGUGGGACGAGCGUGAAUCUGACACCGAGGGCAUAUGGAUUGAUCAGAUCUGCAUCGGCGAUACCGAAGAGGAAAAGACGAUCUCAAUGUCGGCCAUGGACAUGGUGUACCGCAGCGCCAGAAUGGUGGUCGUAGCCUUGGACGACGUCGAGCUCGAUGCCAAGGAGGGAGCUAUAUUGGAAAACCACAUGACUGAGUUCGAGCGACAAGUCCAUGUCAAAGCCAACAAGCGCUUCCGCAGACGGCAGACGCCUUAUCUCGAAGCGAAAGAAGAUCUGUACAUGGUCAUCCGGAAAAUGCUCAGGUCGUCUUGGUUUCAGAGGGCUUGGUGCCGACACGAGAUGCGGCUCGCGAGGGACCACGUCUUUCUGGUUCCUUGUCGCACUCCUGGUUCCUGGUCUGGCAAGAGUGUCUUGCGGUUCACAGGGAAGUGCUUGACUCACUUCCUUGCUCUGGCGACGGAGGUACCCUUCGAGAUGGCUAUUGAGAACGUAAAGGCUGCGCUGUAUGCAUUCUUUCGCGACAGGAGCAAGCUCCCAGCGCAUGAUUAUCAUAUGCGCUCUCAUCAUGGGAACUUCACGACUGUUGUCGCCGAGGUAUUUGCUAUGCAGGCUGGUGGCGACCCGAGGAUUCCUCUAGAGCAGCGAGAGGCCGACGCGCGGAAGGACAAAAUCUCCAUCAUCCUGAACACAAUGGAGUGUGGUCUGGCCCUUUCGCCGAAGAUGCGAGACCCUCAGAUCAGAUUGCCGGAGCAUGAAUGCAACUACAUGAUGCUGCUGCUCGCACUCGCCGCCCGAGACCCUGGCGCCUUAACAUCCCUUGGCCGUCCGCUCCGCCAGCUGCCGCAUGGUCUUAUGUCCAGCUGGAUCUCCGCACCAACGAACGUCGACAGCGGCCUCAACAACUAUCGCACCUUGAAUCGCCUGCCCGAAACCUCCCGCAUCUCGACCGGCCACCAAAACGCCGAACACUUCGUCAACCUCGCCCUCAAAUUCCUCUCCGCCGACGACUACACGCCACCUCCAGCCCUGUCCUCCGAAUCCCUCAAACUAGCCUCCCACUUCGUCGACGUCUGCACCAAGCGCAAACUCGGCCGCAACCGUAACCGCUACCUCAUCACCGACACGUCCAUGAACAGCGUCUUCGGCUCCAUGCACGAUAUGUACGUGCAAACCCUCGCUUGCGUCUUCGAGUGCGGACCCCUGUGGCUCAGCGACGUCUGCGAACGCUACGGCGUCAGUCGGUGGAAGCACGAUCUGCAGUCUGCGUAUGAGUUGAUGAUUGCGCUGAAGAACACGGAUGGGAAGUGGCCGGAGACCGCGUGGAGUAAUCAGGCUGCCGGCUUCCUGAUGGACUUCGUCAACUUCUUGGUUGUGAGAGGGCUUCCGCACCGUGGGGCGACGAGCGAUAUGGAUGAUAUGCGGCUUUGGGGGCCGGUUUGGGUUCCUACGAUCAACGGCGGGCGGGUGCUUACGUUCGCUCCCAGGGAGGAUGUCAGGGUUGCGGUGCCGGUGGCGCUGUUCGACAGUGACUACGUCCAUCUCGCACGGCUGUGGGUGCUGAAGCCGCGUGGCACGAACAGUAACAACGAAUGGACGCUGCAGGGCAAGAGUGUAUUAUUCAGCGACGAUGCGUCGAUGGAGAGUCUGGACAAGGACAAUGGCAUGAUUCGGAGAGCACAAAAAGUGUUUGGGCGGCCGGCGAAGCCGUCGAUGGGGAAUGUUGCUACGGCGGCGCUGAGGUUGCGUACAACGAUCUAG